CAGAGUGAAGUCGUCAUGCUGCUGAGGAGCUGCUGCUGCACCUGGAUCCUGCUGUCAGGACUCGCUGCUGCUGCAGUGUUCGUAGAGAAGCACGAGGCUGAUGGCGUGCUACACAGACGGCGGCGAGCCAACAGCGGCUUCCUGGAGGAGCUGAAGCAAGGAAACCUGGAGAGGGAAUGCAUCGAGGAGAUCUGCGACUACGAAGAAGCGCGAGAAGUUUUUGAAGAUGACGACCAGACGAGACAAUUCUGGCUGACGUACGACCGUCGCGACCCGUGUCUGAUCAACCCGUGCCGUAACAACGGCACAUGUGUGUACGUCGGGACGUCCUACGAGUGCCAGUGCACCGAAGGAUUCGAAGGACAAUACUGUGAAACAGUGGUCGAGGACUUCCUCAAGUGUCUCUACCUGAACGGACACUGUCAGCAUUUCUGCGACGGCUCUGGACCGAGACGGAAAUGUUUCUGUGCCGACGGUUACAAGCUGGGAGAAGACGGACGGCAGUGCGUCGCUCAGGUGAAGUUUCCAUGUGGUCAGUUGCCGUCUCAGGAAACAGGCCUGAACCAGAGCGUGCUGGGUCAGACCCGACUGGUGGGGUCCAACCAGUGUCCCAAAGGAGACUGUCCCGGCAGGUUUUAAUCUGUCGCUCAGGUUCUAAUUGAGCUGAACGCAAAGAGUCACUGCGGAGGAGCGCUGAUCAACGCUGACUGGGUCGUCACCGCCGCCCACUGUAUCCAUGGCAACAGCCCCCAAAACCUCACUGUGGUGGCAGGGGAACACCAGUUGGACGUGGACGAUGGCACUGAACAGAGGAUACCUGUUGCCAUGGCAAUCGCCCAUCCCGCCUACAUCCCGGCGACCGGCGAUAGCGACGUUGCCCUGCUGCAGCUGAGUCGUCCCGUCGUCCUGAGCCGCCACGCUGUCCCCAUCUGCCUGCCGACUCGAGACUUUGUCGAGCGCGAGCUGCUGCCGCUCCGCUACCACACCGUGUCUGGCUGGGGCGGGAGGACCGCCGGGGGCAACGCCGCCAGCCCCGCGGCCGCCGCAGUCCCACUGUCCCCCGUCCUCCGCAGGAUGUCUGUCCCCAUUGUCCAGAACUCCCAGUGCUCCCAGCGAGCCCAGUUCAACUUCACCGCCAACAUGCUGUGCGCCGGGUACCUGGAGGGGCACCAGGAGAGCUGCCGCGGCGACGACGGGAGCCCGCUGAUCACGCUCUACGGCUCCACCCACUUCCUGACAGGCGUGGUCGGCUGGGGGCGGGGCUGCGCUCACCCAGGUUAUUACGGGGUGUACGCUAACAUGGCCAACUUUGUGGAGUGGGCAGAAGGCGUCAUGAAGGCCCCACCCACUGCCAUGACGCUGGAGAAAGCGUUCGAGACGCUGGAACAGAUGCUCACUUAAAAACAGUCAAAUGUUCAGACGUCUCCGUGACUUCAGCUUCCUGUUUGUUUGUUGACUGAAAACCUAGUUUGUUUGUUUGUUGAUU